CUCAGGCAUAGACAAUAAAAUUUCCUUCUGUGGUUGAACAUUUAUCUGUCAAUCCUUUCCGUGGUUUCUUUCGUCGUUUUAUGUCGAAGUGAUCAUAGUUACUACGCCAAAAUGCAGCAAAAGCAAAAGAAAGAACCCAUCCACUCAGUGCAGGUGUUCGGAAGAAAGAAAACCGCCACAGCUGUAGCAUAUUGCAAAAGAGGUCGUGGACAUCUCAGCGUCAAUGGCAGACCUCUUAGCCAAGUGGAGCCAAAAAUGCUCCAAGACAAACUUCAAGAACCCCUUCUUCUGUUGGGAAAGGACAAAUUCUCAGCUGUUGACAUCAGAGUUCGUGUGAAUGGUGGUGGUCAUGUGUCUCAAAUUUACGCCAUUAGACAAGCCAUCUCAAAGGCUAUUGUUGCUUAUUAUCAAAAAUACGUUGACGAAGCCUCCAAGAAGGAAUUGAAAGACAUCCUUAUCCAAUAUGACAGGACUCUGCUUGUUGCUGAUCCCAGGAGAUGCGAACCCAAGAAGUUUGGUGGUCCAGGAGCUCGUGCCCGCUACCAAAAAUCUUACCGUUAAGAUUAUCAUUCAUAUUUUAUUAUUAUGAAAUAAACAUCUAAAACAUC